AUGGUUCACUUCAACUUGACAGCUUUGGCCGCUGCUGCUACCGCCUUCAGCAUCACCGACUUCCAAGGACACUUUGUCGAUCUCGCCUCCGGCGGGACCACCGACUUCGUGCCUGUCCGCAGCUUCGCCAAAGCGGAGAACCAGAACCAGGAGACUAGCAACCAAAACCAGUUCAGAAUCCAGAACAACGGCGUCAGGCAGGUCAUAUCCUUCCCGUCUGCCACUUAUAUGGGGUACUCGGGCAUUAUUGGGAGCCAGCAAGCGAUUGCCCACCCGAACGCUGGCACUUCUUGGAACCUCGUUGGAACCGGAAAUGGCGAGUUCAACCUCAUAGAGUCUAACACCGGGCUUGCAUUGACCGCGUGGACGGCCAGGACCGACUCGAGCAGCUCUCCGCUCACGCUCGAAGUCGCCGCUUCUGACCCUCAGCAAGCGUUCACCAUCCAGCCAGGAUGCGCAUUCUCGUCCGAAGGACGUCUGGGUCAAGACACGCUCCCUCGACCUGUGAAGCAAAAGUGUUGCGUACCUAAUAUCCCAACAGGCAUCGUGUUUGGGAUUCCAUCUCUUAAUGCUGCCAUUAGUGGCGCUGGCAAAAUCUGGAUCUGA